AUGGCAGCAGAAAAAAGAAAGACUCCUUUAGUCAAAGGAGAAGAAAGAAAAGUGUCAAAAGAAGAAGAAAAAGUGGUACUGUUAGCAGACGAGUCUAGUAAAAAGAAAUGGCAAAACUGGUGGGUAAGAACAGUAACAACAUUGAUGAUGAUUGGCACCUUUUUCUUGAUACUCGCUUCUGGGCAUAUCUGGGUUAUUUUAAUGGUCAUUGCUAUCUCAACAGUUGUCUAUAAUGAAGUACUUCAGAUUGCUCAAGGACCUGCUAAGGAUAGUAGUUUUAAAUGGUUUAAAACGAUGAGCUGGUAUUUCUUGGUGACAACAACUUAUUAUCUCUAUGGUGAAUCCAUCAUUUAUUACUUUCAGUCUGUUGUACUCGUAGAUGCAGUACUGUUACCGUUCGCAACCCAUCACCGAUUUAUUAGCUUUAUCUUGUAUAUCAUUGGUUUUGUCUUUUUCGUGACUAAUUUGAGAAAGGGACUUUAUAAGCGUCAGAUGCGACAGUUUGGUUGGAUGCAUAUGGCCUUAUUACUUAUCGUCUUUCAAAGUCACUUUAUUGUCAAUAACAUCUUGGAAGGGUUGAUUUGGUUCUUUAUUCCUACAUCACUCGUUAUCUGUAAUGAUAUCUUUGCUUAUAUCUGUGGAUUCUUUUGGGGCAGACACCAAUUAAUUCAGCUCAGUCCAAAAAAGACAGUCGAAGGUUUCGUAGGCGCUUGGAUUUGUACUCUCAUUUUCGGAUUCUUGGCAUCUACCUUACUCAUGAGAUUUAACUAUAUGAUUUGCCCUGUCAAGGACCUAUCCAUGUCUGCCUGGUCUGACAUUAACUGUGAUCCUGUCAAUCCUGUCUUUACUGCCGUUCCUUGGAAUCUGCCUCAAGCUUGGCUUCAUAAACAAAUUACCACUGUAUGGAUUGCCCCUGUUCAACUCCAUGCUUUGGUCAUGGCUUGCUUUGCUUCCCUGAUUGCCCCCUUUGGUGGCUUCUUUGCCAGUGGCGUAAAGCGUGCAUUUAAUGUAAAGGAUUUUGGACAUUCCAUUCCUGGUCAUGGUGGUAUGACGGAUCGUAUGGAUUGUCAAUUCCUCAUGGGCUUCUUUUCUUAUAUGUACUAUCAAAGCUUUAUUAAGACAAAUCACUUGAACGUCGGCACUAUUCUUGCUUCUAUUAUCAAUAAUUUGACAUUGGCUGAACAAUUAGAGCUUUUGGAACGUGUACUCACUUACUUUGUUAAUCAAGACAUCAUGGACCCUUCCGUCUUGGAAAAAUGUGGUAUGGGUGCAUUAACAGAACAUAGUAGACAUCUAUUGGAACAUGCAUAA